AUGCAAGCCAAUUUCAAGGGCUUCACUUUCGUGAACGAGAGCUCUAUUGACCAUCACCUUAAGCACGACCCUGCUGACCGGAUGGACGAGGACCCCAUGCACGAGGACUCGUGGCAGCGGACGCACCGGGCCACCAACUCGAACGAUCAGCGCAUGAGCGGUGUUCAGAAGACGGACGGAACGGAGCCAGGGAUCUUCAACGUUGACGAUAAUUUUGACAUGUGA